UAGGGUUUAGAGAGGGAGGACCGAAAUAAGGUUGAUACCAUGUAAAGAAUAGGUGCGACUCACGAUAUAUUCAUUGGGUGCAUAUGCACAUACAUAUAGGUACAAUAGGUGGUCACGUCCUCAACUAUACAAGAAAGGAGGAGGGCUUGUUGUACAAGUAAUACAUAUGUUAUAUACAUCUCAACAAGAGCAAAGAGGUAUUGAGUUCAAGACCAGGCUAGCAUAAUUAAAUUGCAGCCCACUUUCUGUUCUCGUUUAGGCAUGAGAAGAUCACACGUGAGAGAGCUAAUAUUACCUCUUUCAUCAGAUUGGUUUUUUAUUGUAUUGACUAAAACAUGCGCUUCUACUUGUGUGCUGAACAGCCAUCUUCUCCGCAGCCUGCCAAUGCAUAAAGUACGCCGCGAGGUUUGAUCCGCGUCAGCAUUGCAUCAGCCGACAAUACGGCAUCUGCCCUUUUUACUUGAAGAAGAUGCCCGCAUAGCCACAUACAUAAAUAAAGUGAGACGUGUAACAUCAAUCAAGCAGCUAGCUAGGUGCCUACUUGCCUCGGCGUGUACUGUCCAGUGCUCGGCGCGCACACAUGUCUUCUUCCUCUGUGCCAGCGGCUGCCGUGGCGACGUCGACCCGCCUCAUCCUGGUGCACGGCACGGGCCACGGCGGGUGGUGCUGGUACAAGGUCGCCACCCUGCUCCGUGCCGCGGGGCACCGCGUGGACGCGCCGGACCUCGUGGCGUGCGGCACCGACGCGCGCCGGCUGCGCGACGCGCCCACCUUCGAGGACUACACGCGCCCCCUGCUCGACGCGCUCCGGGACCUCCCGGACGGCGAGCGGGCGGUGCUCGUGGGCCACAGCUUCGGCGGCAUGAGCGUCGCGCUCGCCGCCGAGGAGUUCCCCGACAAGGUCGCGGCUGCCGUGUUCCUCACCGCCUUCAUGCCGGACUGCGACGGCCCGCGCACCCGUGUCAUCGAGAAGGUUCUCGCGUCCGACUGGAUGGACAGUGUUAUCGACGAGGAGCACGCCCCACCGUCGGUGUUUCUCGGGCCCGAGCUCGUGCGCCAGAAGCUCUACCAGCUGAGCCCGGAGGAGGACUACACGCUGUGCCAGAGCCUGGCGCGGGUGAGCUCCUACUACGUGGCCGACCAGCAGCAGAGGCCGCCGUUCAGCGCUGCCCGGUACGGCGCGGUGACCAAGGUCUACGUGGUCGCCAAGCAGGACCUGGCCAUGGUCGAGGAGUACCAAAGGCAGAUGAUCGCAGGCAUCCCCGUGGCUGAGGUGAGGGAGAUGGCUGACGCCGACCACAUGGUCAUGUUCUCUGCGCCGGAGGAACUGGCGGGCCACCUCGCCGACAUCGCAAACACCUACACUUAACCGAUGCGGAGCCGAUUUACCGAUAUAAAUAUUGGGCGUCUAUUUUCCGUAGUUGGAUUGUACUUACAAGAACAAACGAAGAAAUCUACUGAAAUGUGAGUCCAUACGUACCGCACAUGAGGGCUCUUUCCUUCAAAUGAAUUUUAUAUAAAUUAUGUAGUAUGCAAAUCUGUAGAAAUUUUCCAAUAGAAUCUAUUUUUGAUUCAAUGGAAUGAACGUUUCGUUUUUCCAAGCU